AUGAAGCCGCCGCCGGUGAAGACCGCCGCCGCCGCCGCGCGAGGGACGCCGUCCGUGCGCGCGGCGAGGCAUUCGAUCUCGAACGCGACGCCGCAGCAGACGACGAACGAAUCCAAGCGCGACAUCGCGACGCCGCUCACGGCGCCGCCCGCGGGGAUGAACGUCGCCGCGAACACGCCGGCGGCGAACGAGACGGAAAACGCGGCGGCGGCGGCCGGGGGAAGGAACGCCGACGUUAUCCGCGGCGCCCCCGCGCCGUCGGAGCACUCCUCCGCGGCGGCGCACAUCGCGUCCCAGGCGACGCCGGGGACGCACCUUCGCGACGACGUGGGCGGUGCCGCGAACGCGAACGAUCCCGUGGACGCGUCGCCGUCGGCGACGAAGACCCCGGGGGACGCCGGGUCUUUGGACGCGGCGUCCCCGGGCGCGGCGAUGGCCGCGGACGCGCUCGCGUCCGUCGUCGGCGCCGCGGAGUCCUCGGACGCAUACCUCGGGAACGUCGAGGGCGCCACCGCGGAGAGGGAGCAGCUGUAUAAUCGCUUCGCCGCCGCGGCGACGCCGAACCCGGGGGAGGAGACGAAGGGCGUCGACGACGUCGGCGUCGGGUCGAUGUCUGCCGCCGCCGCCGCCGCCGUCGACGCCGCCAGAGCAGCCGCCGUCGCCGCGGUUGUUGAAAAUUUCAACAAACGAAAAGCCACCGCGGUCGUCGACGCGAUGAUCCCACCGCACGCCGCGGCGGUCGGCGCGAAGAAGAAAGCGCCCGCGCCCGGGGUCGCGGAUCUCUUCUCCGUACUCCUCCCCCCCGCGAAGAAGCGCAAACCGCGGCGUUUCCUAUCCUCGGACCAGAAGACCUUCGUGUGCGGCAUCGGCGGGUGUUCGCGCGCGUACGGCAGCGCGUCGUCGCUGUGCGCGCACAAGCGCGCGCAUCACCCGAACUGGAAGGAAGAGCGCGCGAAACAACGAGAAUUAGACGCCGCCGCGGCGCUCGCCGCGGGGGAGAACGCCGCGGGGAAGAAGGACGAGAAGAUCGACGACGACGACGAGAACGAGGAUAAAGACGGCAAGAACGACGACGACGUCGAAGAGGAAGAGGACGAGGACGAAUCCUGCGAAGCCGACGUCGCGGGCCGGGCCGCGCGAAAGGAAGGCGCGGCCGCUCUGGACGCGGCGGCGAGGAACACGCACUCUGGGGCGUGGGUCGAAGCCCUCGCCGCGGACACGCACGGCCGCUUAGGGGCGCUGCGAAGGAGCCGUCAACGCGUCCAACGCGGGUUACGCGACGCGCGAAUCGCGUGCGAGAAGAAGCCCAAGCCGGGCGCGAACACCGCGGGCGUGAAGGCUGCCGCGGCGUCGGCGGAGGCGAUCGCCGCGGCCGCGGCCGCGCGAUUGCUGCAGCAGAUGGAGAGCGCGCUGGAAGUCGAGUCCGAGAGGCUCACCGGGUGGCUCGCGAAGCUCGAGUCCAUCGCGGCGCUGCGCAUGGGCGCCGCGGGGAAAGUGUGCGGGUUCAGCGAGACCGAAGCCGCGGCGCUGAGCGCGGAAGAGAAGGUGGCCGCGGCCGUCGCGGAACAGACCGCGCGUGCGAUCGCGGCGGCGGCGAGCGCGGCGGCGUGGAGCGUCGAUGGACGGCGGGCGAGGGCGGCGAGAGCGAGCGCGGCGGCGGGGUUGCCGUGA